ACGAAGAAGAAUCUGUUUGGAGCGGACAGACGCUAGCCAUCUUCUGGGUGAAACACUGAGAUUAAGCAUUUACGUCUCAGUGUCUAACGUUUCAUCCGCCGGUCAGCUGGAUCUGGUUCAGUCUCGCCUCCAGUCCACACAGAGGGUUCCUACCUGUCCCCGAGAGGCCCAGCCAUGGCAGAAAGCACAGAGCAAAACGAGGCGAAGCACGACAACUCCUCAUCCCCCGGAGCGACGGAUCAAGAGAAAGAAAUGGCCGCCAGCGCUUAUGAAGCGUUUUCGACCGGGAAGCACGACGAGUCUCUGAAGCAGCUGGACGCCCUGCAGGAUCUGAACAAAGAGGACUACAAGAUCGCCAUGAACAAAGCGGUCGUGGAGUUUUACAAGAGCAGCCAGACCACCACGGGGACUCUGAAGCAGACCCUCAUGGCAAUGAAGAACCAGGUUCACACGUCGACAGAGGACAUGGACGGGCUGGACGACGUUGAAAACAGCUUGCUGUACUACAAUCAAGCCAUCAUCCACUACCACAUGAGGCAGUACUCUGAAGCCAUCGCCAUCGGGGAGAGGCUCUACCAGUUUCUGGAACCGUUUGAAGAGAAGUUUGCUCAGGCCGUGUGCUUCCUGCUGGUGGAUCUGUACCUGCUCACCUUCCAGCCGGAGAAGGCCCUCCACCUGCUGGCCGUGCUGGACAAACUCUCCGUACAAGGCAGCAACAAGAACGGCAAGGGAGAGAGCAACAGUUCACACAGAGACGGAGCGAACCAGAGGGCGGAGUUCACGGCCAUGAUCGAGGCGGCCAAGUCAAAGAUGCACCAGUACAAAGUGAGAGCCUACAUUCAGAUGAAGUCCUCCAAGGCCUGCAAGAGGGAGAUCAAGUCCGUGAUGAACACAGCGGGGAACUCCGCGCCCUCGCUCUUCCUCAAGAGCAACUUUGAGUACCUGAGAGGAAACUACCGGAAAGCGGUGAAGCUGCUGAACAGCUCCAACAUCGCAGAGCAUCCCGGACCCAUCAAGACGGGUGACAAGAACCACUUUUCUCUGGGGAUCUUGUUUGGCUUUAGACGGGCUGUGUCCUUUUAUUGGCGGGAGAGAUGUGACCGCCCCGUCGCUGUUGGAUUUGAUUAUCUUUCUCAAAUGUGCGCUUGUUUGUCCCAUUCAGGCGAAUGCGUUCGGUGUAUGUUCUGGAACAACCUGGGCUGCAUUCACUUCGCCAUGGGGAAACACAACCUGGGCAUCUUCUACUUCAAGAAGGCGCUGCAGGAGAACGACCACACCUGCGCACAGCUGGGAGACGGCAGCAGCGGGCAGUCUAAGAAGUUCACGGGCAUCCCCAUGUGCGCUCUCCUCGCCAACAAGCGCUACGAGCUGCUGUACAACUGCGGCAUCCAGCUGCUGCACAUCGGCCGGCCUCUGGCGGCCUUCGAGUGUCUGAUGGAGGCCGUGCAGGUGUACCACUCCAACCCCCGGCUGUGGCUGCGGCUGGCCGAGUGCUGCAUCUCUGCCAACAAAGGGGGCUCGGAGCAGGAGAGCAAAGGGCUACCUUGUAAGAAGGGAAUCGUUCAGUCGAUUGUCGGGCAGGGCUACCAUCGCAAGAUCGUGCUGGCAUCCCAGUCCACCCAGAACACCAUCUACAGUGAGGGCCAGUCGGCAGCCAUCCCGGUAGCCAGUAUGGAGUUUGCAGCCAUCUGCCUGAGGAACGCUCUGCUGCUGCUCCCGGAGCACCAGCAGCCGGACCCCAAGACGGAGAACGGGUCCAAGAGCUCCAGCCAGUCGGGAAGCACCGAGAGCGGCAGCGAGAACAGCGACCUCUGCAGUGGGAAAGGUCAGGAGGCCGACAAGUUCCUGUCUGCUGCGCCAUCGUCUCCUCUCAGAAAACAGGAAGUAGACAACCUCAGAUGCUCCAUCCUGGCGUGUAGUGCUUACGUGGCGUUGGCGCUGGGAGACAACCUGAUGGCUCUAAACCACGCUGAGAAACUGCUCCAUCAAACCAAGGUGUCAGGCUCCCUCAAGUUCCUGGGUCACCUCUAUGCUUCUGAAGCCCUCAUCUCAUUGGACAGGAUCUCUGACGCCAUCGCUCACCUCAACCCGGAGAACGUCAGCGACGUGUCCAUGGGGGUGCUGCCCAGCGAGCAGGACCAAGGCUCUGAGAAAGGAGACGAGUCCGUGGAGUCCUCAGGGAAGCAGACCCCCCUGUGCUACCCCAGCAGUGUGACCUCAGCUCGGGCCAUGAUGCUCUUCAACCUGGGCAGCGCCUACUGUCUGAGGAGCGAGUACGAGAAGGCCCGCAAGUGUCUGCAACAGGCGGCCUCCAUGGUGAACACCAAGGAGAUCCCCCCUGAAGCCAUCCUGCUGGGUGUCUACCUGGAGCUACAGAACGGCAACACCCAGCUGGCCCUGCAGAUCAUCAAACGGAACCAGCUGCUGCCCACGGCGGUCCAGAGGGUCUCCCCGGAGUCCCGCAAGAAACCCGUCCAGCCCUUCCAGUCCGUCCAGCCCACCCAGCUGCCCUCUCCCUUCACACAAGUUCAGCGCAAAUGAGCCUCCAGAGCCGCCUCCUCCCCCCACAACACACUCACCCCCCCCCCCCCCCCCCCUGACGAGCCUUGGUAUUUAUAAAGCUGCUUCCCUUCAGCAUCAGGAGCCGUUUGAAACGCCGGCUGGUAACGUGGACUGAGACCAGCUGACUGUUCAUUUCCAUUUGAACGAGGAAUCCGUGUGUUGUCUGAACAAUGAAAAUAAAUUUUAUUUACUGUA